UUCUAAAAAAAUUCAAAAAUCACGCGCAAUCCUACUCGAAAAUUUCCAACAACUCAUCGCAAGCGUGUAUUCCACACUCAUCACCAUCUUUAAUUAUCUCAACCGCCAUAACCGUUCUCUUUUCAUUUUCAAUCCAACCCAAAAAAAUAACUCAUAUUCCUUAUCGCAUUCGCUUUCUCCUAAUCAUCUCACAAAUGGAAUCUGAAAAAAUUAAACCCAAACAAUCCUUAUAUCCAGAAGUAAUCCAAACAAACCCUAAUUACAAUGCUCCUCAAUCCUCCACUUCACCAAAUCUUUACCCUACAAUCGAUAUGAAAGACCUCGUUGAAAAUCUGUUCCCCGAUCUCCACCAACAACAGCCACACAAUCCACGCGCUCCGUCGGCUCCUCCGGUAGCGACUGAAGAAGUUCUAAUCAAAAUCCCCGGAGCUCUCCUGAAUCUGAUUGACAAAAAUUACAGUGUCGAACUCGCUUGCGGCGAUCUCUCAAUCGUCCGUCUUCGCCAAGGGGAUAAUGUCGUGGCUGUGCUGGCUCGAGUUUCUGACGAAAUCCAAUGGCCGUUAACAAAGGAUUCCGCCUCAGUUAAGCUUGAUGACUCACAUUAUUUCUUUUCUUUAAAGUUUCCGAAUGAACACGAUAAAUGUAGCUCCGAUUCGAGCGAUGAUGAGGAAGAUAAUAAUAAUAAUAAGAGUAAGAGUAAGAAUAAGAAUGAUUCUAGUGAAAUGUUGAACUAUGGUUUGACUAUAGCGUCCAAAGGACAAGAGAUGUUAGUGAAGGAGUUUGAUGAAGUUUUAGAAGCUUAUAGUUGUUUUUCGGUUCAGAAAGUUGCAAAAGGGAAGGGGGAGGAGGGUUUGUUUGAUGCUUUGGCAGUGAGGGAGACUUCGCCCGGGGAUUUGAAGCAGCAAGAGAAGAAGGAGACUAUGGAAGGGAAAUGUGCAGCUUAUUGGACUACUUUAGCUCCUAAUGUUGAGGAUUAUAGUGGGAGUGCUGCUAAGGUUAUUGCCGCUGGUUCGGGGCAUUUGAUCAAGGGGAUUUUGUGGUGUGGUGAUGUUACUGUUGAUAGGCUUCAAAGAGGGAAUGAGGUUUUUAAGAAGAGGAUGAGUCCUACAUCGAAGUCCGAGAUUAGCCCUGAUACUAUGAAGAGGAUUAGAAGAGUUAAAAGGAUGACAAAAAUGACAGAAAAAGUAGCCAUCGGGGUUCUCUCUGGGGUGUUGAAAGUCUCUGGAUUUUUCACUAGCUCAGUUGCAAACUCAAAAGUGGGAAGGAAAUUCUUCGGACUAUUACCAGGGGAAAUCAUUCUUGCAUCUCUGGAUGGAUUUAACAAGGUGUGUGACGCUGUUGAAGUAGCUGGACGGAAUGUCAUGUCAACAUCAUCUAAUGUGACAACUGAACUCGUCAACCACAGAUAUGGUGAAGAAGCAGCUGAGGCUACAAAUGAGAGUCUUGGUGCUGCAGGGCAUGCAUUUGGCACAGCAUGGGCUGCAUUUAAGAUUAGAAAGGCAUUCAACCCAAAAAAUUCUCUAAAACCGACCACCCUGGCUAAGUCUGCUGUUAAAACGGCUGCUGCUGAGAUCAAGUCUAAGAAGUCCAAGUGACUACAAAUUGAUAUUCUGACAAUCACCCAUUAAUUUCAUUUUCUAUUUGUAAUUCUUGCUUGUUGUAAAUUACAGUUUUGUUUCAAUUAUGAGUAUCUUUCCUCAUAAAUCUGUAAUUAUUGUAUUGAUUCUAUUCCACAUACGAUUCAAGGAAAAAAAUAAAAAUACUGACAUGGAGUAAUGUAUUGUA